AUGGAGAAGAUCAGCGCAGUUUCUCAUUGUGUUGAACGAUUUUUUGAUGCCCUGUACCUAUAUAUGCAUGUAUAUGUAGGAAAAUAUCAUGAAUUCAUAAAGAACGAGUCGAGCACGUAUUCCUAUUUAUUUUCCUCUGAUAACAAACAGGCAAAGAAACCCCAGAUAAGAAUAUUCUUCAGAAACACAUACAGAUUUAGUACUGUAGAAAUUUACAGUAAUUUUGCGGAUUCAACAAUGAAAGUUACCUAUCCAUAUUAUAUGGAAUGCAAACUAAAACCAAACACAAAUAAAACAAUUUGUACCGGUGACGUAGAGAAUUCUUAUUUGUAUAUUGAUGGGAAAGCUGGAGUUUAUCGUAUUAAGUUAUUUGGAUGUCCACCACAAUUGUAUGGUAAAGACUGUAUCAAUGAAUGUCAUUGUUCCCGAGCGGAAUAUUGUCACCAAAUUACUGGAAAGUGUAAACGUGAUGGCUGCGAAGAUGGAUGGUAUGGAGAGAAGUGUGACAAGCGAACAUAUGUUAAUAUUGCUCGAGGUCAAACUACACAGCAAACAAGUAUAUAUGGAAUAAAAGGAACUACAGUCUUCCAUAAUGGAACUUGUGAAAAAAUGAAUAUAUCGAUGGCAUCCGACAAAGCAGUUGACGGAAAUUUUGAUCCUGGAUUCACGCAUAAAUCAUGUGCAAGUACUGACUGGGGAAAAGAUCCAUAUUGGCAAGUGAUGUUUGAUAAACCAUACACGAUAUACCAACUGAGAAUAUAUAAUCGAAUGGGAAAUAAUCAUUAUGUCACAGAGUCCCCAUAUUUUUACAAUCAAAACAUCAAAGUUCAAAACACAAAUCAAAACUCCUGA